AUUUUAUUAAUUUUAUUAACACUUUUUUUUUUCUUUAUAAGUAGGACGUCGCCUGCAUACAGAACUUCUAACAAACACCUUAACCUAUUUGGUAAAGAAAAAGAACUUUUAUUCUUUUUUCAAUCAGGAACUGCGUUUACGUUUUAUGUCUGCUAUUCAAAACUUCAAUACAAUUGAUCCUUUUGCUGACACUGGUGAUGAUGAAGCUCAGCCUCUGAAUAACAUUCAUAUUCGUAUCCAGCAGAGAAAUGGUCGUAAAACAUUAACUACUGUCCAAGGUCUUCCUCGUGAAUUUGACUUGAAGCGUAUCUUGCGUGUUUUAAAGAAGGACUUUGCUUGUAACGGCACUAUCGUUAAAGACGACGAUUUGGGUGAAGUUAUUCAGCUUCAAGGUGAUCAACGUGUCAAUGUUAUGCAGUUUUUGACUCAACAACUUGGCAUGCAAAAAAAGAACAUAAAGAUCCACGGUUUUUAAAUGUCUUUUAUUUUGGUGAUACGUCCCUCUUUACUAGUUUUUUUUUUAGCUAAGGAUAAAUGUAAUGAGUGGCGUCUGCCUAUGUAUAAAUGUUUUACUGUCUGUGAAAGUUUUAGCAUCUAAUCAACUAUAUGUUGGUAGUUCCGUUUGGCAUACAUACUAUGUCUUCUCUGUAGUAUAUCAGUUAUUAUUUAAUAUGGACUCAUAAAUUAUUUACUAUUCUCAUUGAAAACAUCAUUAGGAAGAGGUCGACGAGGUAGCUUAUGUUUACAAUCAACAGACGUAGUUCUGAUGGUGUUUAGUUCUAACUCUUUCGCCGGUAGCUGUUCACCAUUUAUUGAUUCAUGUGGGAUGUGGGUAGAGUUCUUUUGUCCUUCAAACUGUUCUUUUGGUUCUUCCAUUGAUUUGCCGCUGGAAUCAGGCAUCUGUAAUUGGUCCACAAAUUGUGAACUCCCAUUUUUACAAGGAAAGUAUUCAUUAGACAAA